AUGGCCCGAGGAAAGAUGAAGGCAGGCUUCAUCUGCCGUCCUGGUGCCCUUCUGUGCAGGGGGACAUUGGCAAAGGGAGGAGCAGAAGCUCCCAGCAGGGCUGACCCUUCUGUCCGCCCUGGUGCCUUGAGCACCCCGGGGUGCCUGUCCCAGGUGCUCUCCUGGGAGGUCUCUACUGGCCUCUCUCUGGUCCAGGAGCUCUCUUGGCUAGGCACAUUCAAAUCUGACGAUGGGGACUAUUUCGUAGAGCCACUGCUAUCGCUCGAGGAACAGGAGUAUGAAGAAGAACACAAUAAACCACAUCUAGUCUACCGACACCGGACACCUCCAACCAACUCUUCAGGGGACAGGCAGACUUGCGAUACUCCAGAUCAUGAACACAGUCACAAAAAGAACAAGCGGAAACACUGGAGAAGACAGUGGGCAGAAAGCAGCAUAUUAUCUGACAUGGAGAUGUUGAAACACAGCCUGGAAGUGAAUUCGUUUUCUGCGGAUAGCAACAAGACUGGGAACGUCAGUGAAAAGAAGAGCCACAAACGAACAAAACGGUUUCUCUCCUACCCUCGCUUUGUGGAAGUGAUGGUGGUGGCUGACAGCAGGAUGGUCGCCUACCAUGGAGCUAAUCUACAGCACUAUGUCUUAACGUUAAUGUCAAUAGUGGCUUCUAUCUACAAAGACCCAAGCAUUGGAAAUUUAAUUAAUAUUGUUAUUGUGAAAUUGGUCGUGGUACAUAAUGAACAGGAUGGUCCUGCAAUAUCUUACAAUGCCCAGACAACGUUAAAAAACUUUUGCCAAUGGCAGCAGUCACAGAACCACCCUGAAGGAAGUCACCUUCAGCACGAUACAGCUGUGCUUGUUACCAGACAGGAUAUUUGUAGAGCGCACGACAAAUGUGAUACUCUGGGUCUGGCAGAGCUGGGCACAGUCUGUGACCCAUACAGGAGCUGUUCAAUUAGUGAAGAUAACGGACUGAGCACUGCUUUCACAAUAGCACAUGAACUUGGCCAUGUAUUUAACAUGCCACACGAUGACAAUCAUAAGUGCAAAGAAGAUGGAGGUAAAAAUCAACAGCAUGUCAUGGCACCAACGCUGAACUUCUAUACCAAUCCCUGGAUGUGGUCAAAAUGCAGUAGGAAAUACAUCACUGAAUUUCUGGACACUGGUUAUGGGGAGUGUUUGCUUGAUGAACCUUCAUCAAGAACUUACACGUUACCUCAGCAGCUCCCAGGACUGAUUUAUGACGUCAACAAACAAUGUGAGUUAAUUUUUGGACCUGGAUCUCAAGUGUGCCCGUAUAUGCAGAUGCAGUGUCGGCGACUUUGGUGUAUUAACAUUGAUGGCGCGCACAAGGGAUGUCGUACCCAACACACACCUUGGGCUGAUGGGACAGAGUGUGAGCCUGGAAAGCACUGCCGGUUUGGGAUGUGCGUGCCCAAAGAGCGAGAGGCGCCGGUGAUAGAUGGAGCGUGGGGGACGUGGAGCCCUUUCGGGACCUGCUCGAGAACCUGCGGCGGUGGCAUAAAGACAGCGAUACGAGAGUGCAACAGGCCCGAGCCUAAAAAUGGUGGGAAAUACUGCGUGGGUCGUCGCAUGAAGUUUAAAUCCUGCAACACCGAACCGUGCUCAAAGCUGAAGAAGGAUUUCCGGGACGAGCAGUGCGCCGACUUCGAUGGGAAGCACUUUAACAUCAACGGGCUGCCCACGAACGUGCGCUGGGUGCCCAAAUACAGCGGCAUCCUGAUGAAGGAUCGGUGCAAGUUGUUCUGCCGAGUGGCGGGAAACACAGCGUAUUACCAGCUGCGGGAUCGCGUCAUCGACGGGACGCCCUGCGGCCCCGACACAAAUGACAUCUGCGUGCAGGGCCUUUGCCGGCAAGCUGGAUGCGAUCAUGUGCUGAAUUCAAAAGCAAGAAGAGAUAAAUGUGGUGUUUGUGGUGGGGAUAAUUCUUCAUGCAAAACUGUUGCAGGCACAUUUAACACGGUGCAUUAUGGCUAUAACGUUGUGGUCCGCAUCCCAGCUGGUGCAACUAAUAUUGAUGUGCGUCAGCACAGUUACUCAGGGAAACCAGAGGAUGACAACUACCUGGCCUUAUCUAACAGUCAAGGAGACUUUAUAUUAAAUGGAGACUUUGUCGUCAGUAUGUUUAAAAGGGAAAUCAAAGUUGGGAAUGCUGUGAUCGAAUACAGCGGAUCGGAUAAUGCUAUUGAAAGGAUUAAUUCUACAGAUCGGAUUGAGCAAGAAAUAACGCUUCAGGUUUUAUCAGUGGGCAAUUUGUACAAUCCCGAUGUUCGUUACACAUUUAAUAUCCCCAUUGAGGACAAACCUCAGCAGUUUUACUGGAAUGUGUACGGCCCGUGGCAGCCCUGCAGUAAGCUCUGCCAAGGAGAACGAAAAAGGAAACCCAUGUGUACAAGAGAGUCGGAUCAGCUCACGGUGUCGGACCAGCGAUGUGAUCGAAUUCCCCAGCCUGAACCCGUCACUGAGCCUUGUAGCACAGAAUGUGAAUUAAGGUGGCAUAUCGCGAGGAAGAGCGAGUGCACGGCCCAGUGUGGGCUGGGGUACCGCACCCUGGAGAUCUACUGCUCCAAGUACAGCAGGCUGGAGGGGAAGAUAGAGAAGGUCGACGACCGCUUCUGCAGCAGCCAGUCCAAGCCGAGCACGAGGGAGAAGUGCACUGGAGACUGUAAUGUGGGAGGGUGGCGGUACUCGGCCUGGACCGAGUGCUCCAAGAGCUGCGGCGGGGGCACGCGGCGGCGGCGAGCCAUGUGCGUGAACACCUACAACGAUGUCCUGGACGACAGCAAGUGCAGUCAGCAGGAGAAGCUGACGGUGCAGCGAUGCAGCGACUUCUUGUGCCCCCAGUGGAAAACUGGCGACUGGUCUGAGUGCCUGGUCACCUGUGGAAAAGGGCAUAAACACCGCCAGACCUGGUGCCAGUUUGGAGAAGAUCGAUUAAACGACAGGUUUUGCGAUCCCGAAACGAAGCCGGAGUCAGUGCAGACGUGCCAGCAGCAAGAGUGUGCUUCGUGGCAAGUGGGGCCGUGGGGCCAGUGCACGACGACUUGUGGCCAAGGUUACCAGAUGAGAGCAGUGAAGUGUGUCGUGGGCACCUACGUGUCAGUGGUGGAUGAUAAUGAGUGUAAUGCUGCAACCAGGCCAACAGAUACCCAGGACUGUGAAAUAGCAGCAUGUCCACCCCAUCCAAAUAGUCCUGAAGCCAAGAGAUCCAUAUCGGGCAUUCACAGGACGCAGUGGAGAUUUGGAUCCUGGACACCGUGCUCCGCAACGUGCGGGAAGGGUACCCGGAUGAGAUACGUCAGUUGUCGAGAUGACCAGGGCUCGGUGGCUGACGAGUCAGCUUGUUUCCACCUCCCGAAGCCGUCAUCUACGGAAAUGUGCACCGUGACGCCGUGCGGGCAGUGGAAGGCCUUGGAGUGGAGCUCUUGCUCGGUGACUUGUGGUCAAGGUAAGGCAACGCGACAAGUGAUCUGCAUCAAUUACAGUGACCAGCUGGUGGAUAGGAGUGAGUGCGAUCCAGACGACCUCCCUGCCACCGAGCAAGACUGCUCCAUGUCUCCUUGUCAUCCAAACAGCCAUGACUACGGCAGGCCCAUCCACCCUUUCCUCUAUCCGGAUCAUCGCCUGAAACUGCACCCCGGAGGCAGCCCGAACCGAAACCGUGCACAUAUACCAGGAGGCAAUCAGUGGAGGAUUGGCCCCUGGGGUGCUUGCUCUAGCACGUGUGCGGGGGGGUUCCAGCGGCGGGUCGUGGUGUGCCAGGAUGAAAACGGAUACACCGCAAAUAACUGCGAUGAGAAAAGCAAACCCAUGGAGCAGAGAUCAUGCGAAUCUGGCCCCUGUCCUCAGUGGGCUUAUGGCAACUGGGGAGAGUGCACGAAGCCAUGCGGGGCAGGGACAAGAACACGGCUGGUGGUGUGCCAGCGCCCUAAUGGAGAAAGGUUUACGGAUCUGAGCUGUGAAAUCCUUGACAAGCCACCGGAUAGAGAGCAGUGCAAUGUGCAGGACUGUCCUAGAGAUGCUGCCUGGAGCGCUGGUCCUUGGAGCUCGUGUUCUGUCUCCUGUGGAAGGGGCCAAAAGCACCGCAAUGUGUACUGUUUGUCAAAGGAAGGGAGGCAUGUAGAAGAAGAUUAUUGCAAGCACCUUGCUAAGCCCAAUGUGCAAAAGAAAUGCAGAGGGGGCAGAUGUCCGAAGUGGAAAGCAGGAGAUUGGGGACAGGUGGGUGAUAAAUGCAAACCAAAAGGCGUUUUAGAGCAUGAGUGUGACCCGGCCGGCCGGCCCCCUCCGCAGCGGGACUGCCACCUCCCCGAGUGCCCCACGCACCACUGGGCAGCCGGCGAAUGGCAAGCGUGCAUGAAGACGUGCGGGGAGGCAUCUCGGUACCGCAAGGUGGUCUGCGUGGAUGAAAACAAGCGGGUGCAGAACAACGGCUACUGCGAUGCCAGCAAACGCCCCUCCGAAAUUGAGAGCUGUGGGCUGCCGCCCUGCGAGUACGUCUGGAUCACUGGGGAGUGGUCGGAGUGCUCCGUCACGUGCGGGAAGGGAUACAGGCAGCGCCUGGUGUCCUGCAGCGAGAUUUACACCGGGAAGGACCACUACGAGUACGGGUACCAGAACAUGGUCAACUGUCCUGGCACACAGCCGCCCAACAUCCAGCCCUGCUACCUUGGGGAGUGCCCCGUCUCGGCAUCCUGGCGCGUCGGCAACUGGGGAAGCUGCUCCGUUACCUGUGGAGUUGGAGUCAUGCACCGGUCGGUGCAGUGUUUGACGAACGAUGACCAGGUCAGCAGCUUGUGCCAUGCAGAUCUGAAACCCGAAGAGAGGAGGACAUGCCACAACAUCCAUGACUGUGAAUUACCAAGGCGUUGUAAAGAUGUUAAAAAUCUCAAAGGUGUCACUGAAGAUGGUGAAUAUUUCCUUCAAGUCAAAGGAAAGACAUUAAAGGUGUAUUGCUCUGGGAUGCAGACUGACAGUCCAAAGGAGUACGUGACCCUUGUAAAUGGGGAUGCAGAGAAUUUUUCGGAAGUGUAUGGAUACAGAUUGCAUAACCCGACUGAAUGUCCGUAUAAUGGGAGCAGACGAGAAGACUGCCAGUGUAGGAAAGAUUACACAGCAGCUGGGUUUUCCACCUUCAGCAAAGUAAGGCUGGACCUGAACACUAUGCAAAUAAUAACGACUGAUUUACAGUUUGCACGGACACAUGAUGGACGACCCGUUCCUUAUGCCACUGCUGGGGACUGCUACAGUGCAGCCAAAUGCCCGCAGGGUCGCUUCAGCAUAGACCUUUACGGGACAGGCCUGUCCUUAAUGGGAACAGCAAAGUGGCUCUCACAAGGGAAUUACGCAGUGUCGGAAAUUCAAAAAUCCCCAGAUGGUACCAAAGUAGUAGGAAAAUGUGGCGGUUACUGUGGGAAAUGUACUCCAUCAUCUGGAACAGGCCUCGAUGUUCAGGUGUUAUAG